AUGGAGAGCUUCGAUGAUGUGACUCUGAUCGGCCCGGUGUCUGAUCCCUCUGCUCUUGAGGACCAUGACGAGCAUCUUCUCCCUACCAACAAUGAUACCAAGAUACGGAAGCCCGCAGAUGCGGAAUCGACAGAGCCGGGCACUCCCACUUCAAACCGGUCGCUGACUACGAGCCGAGCUCCCCAGAUCGAGCCAGCUACCAGUAACCUCACUGGAGAGCCGUCGAUUUCUUCUGAUUUCCCUAUAGAAGAGGAUGAUGAAGAACCCCGCGUGGCCACAUCCUUCGAGCGGGAGGCAUCACUCCCUUCAACGCAGAAAAACCGAUCAGGUCUGGACGUGGAAGAGGAGGGUAUUAACCGCAUUCAUAAAUUUACGCUGUAUGAGACUGCAACUCGGUUCUAUAUGGUUGGUAUCAAUCUUGCAGAGACACGCUUUCGCAUCCUCAAAAUCGACCGGACGUCAGAGUCGGGCGAGCUGAGUAUCACCGAGGACGAUAUGAUUUACAGCAAGAGGGAGAUGGUCCAGCUGCUGGAUGCAAUCGACGAUGGCAAUAAGAUUUCGGGAGGCUUAAAGCAGAAGUGCAGUGCGUGGGCAUUACUCGGUUUUAUUCGAUUCACAGGAGCCUAUUACAUGCUUCUCGUUACCAAAAGAAGUCAGGUCGCGAUGGUUGGAGGCCACAACGUUUACCAAAUCGAUGAGACCGAGCUUAUCUCUUUGACCACCUCUGAAUCUUCCAAGAUGAAGCCCGAGAAACAGUCGGAAGAGGACAGAUACAAGGCGAUUUUGAACAACCUCGAUCUUACUCGGUCCUUCUACUUCAGUUAUUCCUACGAUAUUACCCGGUCACUGCAGCAUAAUAUCUGCCGGGAACGAAAAGCUCACCAAGAUGGCCUCCCUCGAAGCUUGUCCCAAGACUACAAUACGAUGUUCGUUUGGAACCAUCACCUGCUUGCCCCUGCCGUGGAUGCUCUUAAGCAUCCCUACGAGUGGUGCCUCCCUGUGAUCCAUGGAUAUGUAGACCAGUCUAAAAUGAGCGUUUACGGGCGGGUGGUCUACAUCACGGUAAUUGCACGUCGCUCCAGGUUCUUCGCAGGAGCACGAUUUCUCAAGCGUGGUGCCAAUGACCUGGGAUACGUGGCGAAUGAUGUGGAGACUGAACAGAUCGUGUCUGAACAGACUACAACUUCAUUUCAUUCCGCUGGACCGGAACUGCAUGCGAACCCUAAUUACACCUCGUAUGUCCAACAUCGAGGAAGUAUACCCCUAUACUGGACGCAAGAAAACACUGGUGUAUCACCCAAGCCAGACAUUGAGCUGAAUCUGGUUGACCCAUUCUAUUCAGCUGCGGCAUUGCAUUUUGAUAAUCUUUUCGAGCGAUAUGGAGCCCCAAUAUACAUCCUGAAUCUCGUCAAAUCCAGAGAACGAACUCCAAGAGAGUCGAAGCUCCUCAAGGAAUUCACCAACGCUGUCACCUACUUGAAUCAAUUCCUGCCUGAGGAUAAAAAGCUCGUCUACAAGGCAUGGGAUAUGAGUCGUGCAGCAAAAAGUCGGGAUCAAGACGUGAUACAGACGCUGGAGGGAAUCGCAGGCGAUAUUAUACCAAAGACAGGAUUUUUCAAGAAUGGCUCGGAUAUCGAAUCCGGCCUUCGGCUCCAGAAUGGCAUCGCACGAACGAACUGCAUUGAUUGCUUGGAUCGCACGAACGCUGCACAAUUUGUGAUUGGUAAACGUGCGCUCGGCCAUCAGCUCCAUGCCCUUGGUGUAAUUGAUGAAACAACCGUUGAAUACGACACCGAUGCGGUCAAUCUUUUCACCAACAUGUGGCAUGACCACGGAGACACCAUUGCCAUUCAGUAUGGAGGCUCUCAUUUGGUCAAUACAAUGGCCACUUACCGCAAAAUCAAUCAAUGGAGCAGUCACUCCCGCGACAUGGUCGAGAGUUUCAAGCGAUACUAUAAUAACUCCUUCCUCGACGCACAGCGUCAAGAAGCAUACAACCUUUUCCUGGGAAACUACAUUUUCUCGCAGGGGGCUCCCAUGUUGUGGGAUCUUUCGACUGAUUAUUAUCUGCAUCACGCAGAUCCUCGUUCAUACCUAGAGAAAAAACGCCCAAAUUACAUAUCCUGGUACACACCGGAAUAUCUGAAAGAGCGAGAGAUGCCUGCCCUCCCAAUUCGCCCGAAUGAAUCGCUUUCACAUUUUGACGACUACUGGCUAGAAUACUACCGUCCUCUAGCGCUAUCUACGAUGUCCAAAAUCUUUUCUUACAAGAUGAAUUCCACGCUUCGCUAUCUACCUGCCUUCCGCCCUGGGCAACCAGCCCCUGAUCUCAGUCCUUUCGUGCCUCGUAUUCCCGCAGAACAAGCUCAACGUGACCGUGCGCCUCAACGGAGCGUCAAAAUCCAGGUGCCAUCGGAAAUGCAUGGAAAGCAAUCGGACGCAGCUCCGUCUCCUGCGGAGGAUACUCAAAUUUGGACCCAUCAACCUCCAUCUUCAUCCAAGCACCCACCCCCGGCAGGAAUUAUCAAAGAGCCUACUUUUGAAAUGGGCCAGGCAUCGCGCAUCCCUCCUAUUAAUGCUCCGAUGUCAUCAACUCCUAGCAAAGCACAAAUUGCGCAGUGGACUCUAGGACAACUUGUGACAGACUCAUUGAAUCCUUCAGUCACAGCGACCGAGGCAGAAGAAUAUGAGCGUUACAUCAACCAUCCUCUAAAAGUCCCGCUAGUCGUGACAUCUGAAGAGGAAGCCACCGCCACAUCUUUACGCGAGGAUGGCCCGAACUCUGACCUACACGAAUAUGUCAACAAAUGUAAAAUUGAAGAUGCUGCCCUUGAAGCUCACGCGGAGGCAAACAUGGCUGAUUAUGCUGAAUUCUUGAACGUCUCGGAGGAAGGUCUCACCGUGGUCGGUGAAGACUACCAAAAAAAGCGGUACAAGCGAUAUCGCCAGUGGCUACGUGGGAAAAGCCUUUUCAAACAACGCGUUGACGUGUGA